AUGGCCCGCAUCCUGAUCACUGGUUCCACCGAUGGCUUUGGCCUCGAGGCUGCCCGUCAGCUCGUUGAUCGCAAACACACCGUCUACCUCCAUGCGCGAAGCCAAGAGCGCGCAGAGGAGGUCAAGACCAAGUGCCCCGGAGCCGCCGGUGUGCUGGUCGCAGACUUGACAAGCGUGGCUGAGACGCGCAAAUUGGCCGAGGAGGCAAACGCGAUUGGCACCUUCGACGCCAUCAUUCUUAACGCCGGAAUGCUUUACGGCCCGUUCCGCAAGACAGAUUAUGGCGUGCCAGCCAUGCCUUUCGUGAAUGUGCUCGCUCCCUAUAUUCUCUCUUGUCUCCUCAAACAACCUAAGCGUCUAAUCUUCAUCGCUUCUAUUCUUCACAAGGAAGCCAAGACGGACCUGAAGGAUAUCUUCUGGUUAGAGCGCGGGGAGAAGGAGUUCCAGGAUUUCCCCGCAUACUGCGACUCGAAGUUCCACGUUAUGCUUCUUGCAAAUGCGGUGGCUAAGCGAUUCAAGGGAACUUCUGUCACUUCUGUGCAUCCAGGAUAUGUUGCUACUAAGCUUGGUGGCUCAGGUGCCACCGAUAAGAUGGAGGAUGGUGUUGAGACAUAUGUUAUGCUCGCCGAAGGUGAUUACGAUCAGAGUCUCACAGGCGUCUACUUUGUACCUAAAAAGCAGAUCGGCGAGCCUCUUCCCGAGACAACCCAGGAGGAUCUCCAGGAGACUGUCGUCAAGGCUUGUGAGGAUAUCACCGGUAUUAAGCUCCCAGCUUAA